AUGGCCAGCGAAGCGCGCGUCCCUCUCUCGGACGCCUUGAACCGCCAGAGCUCGGUCAGGACGAGCGAGGCGAGUACGACUGCGCGGGAAGUGCAGGCGGACGAGAAUGCGAGGCAGCGCUCGAUAACACCACGCCGCCAGGCUCCGCCACCCCCCGCGACCACCGCAUACCCCGCUACGUUGUCGACUCCACCUGGCUCUCCCUCUCUUCGCCGUACUCGCACGACCUCCUCCUCUUCAUCCUCCUCCACUUCAGCCGCUCCUCGCACAGCAAUGCCUCGCCACCGUCGUACUAAGUCGUCCUCCUGUAUUCACGCGCCGAUCCCGCCGCCCGUCUACCCCGUUCGCUCGCAGCCUAUCGGUCUCUCCCGCUCGUCCUCCCUCACCGGCUCGAUUUCUGACCGACUGAGCGGCGCAGAGUCGGUACCUAUGAGUCCAACUAUCAGCGGCGGGCUGAUGAGGCGCACCCUGAGCAUUGAGGACUUUGAGUCGGUCGACGAUGCGGAGGAGAACGAGUCGGUCGAGUCGCCGGCAUCGCCCAGGCCGCUGCUAACGCACAGAAGCGAGAGUCUGCCGUGCUUCCCGCCUGAGCAGAAGGAGGAAGAGGCGGAGAAGGCGGACAGGCUGGGCAGGAAGGCGGUCAGCGAGGACGAGUUGGCGUCGCUUCCGCCCAAUCCGAAGCUCUGGCUCCCCUCUCACCUCUCGCUCUACCUCGCUUCUCACCUCUCGCUGCCCCCGCCUAUGCGCGCCGACAUCUCCUCCUUCAUUUCCUCGUCCCGCCUCUCCGGUCGCACGUUCCUUCGCCUGCGCGAGCAAGACCUCGAGGAGCUUGGGGUGAAUAUUAGAUGGAGGAAGGCGCUGAUGGCGCAGCGCGAGCUUCUGAGACGGGAGGCGCUUGGCGGACGCGUCCUGUGGGGCUUCGGCAGCUCCACGGAAGCCGUCGAGCACGAGAGCCCGGUUGAGGGUGCUGCGUUGGGACAUGCGCGUCGCAGGUCGGUCGACGUCGAAGGGUCAGCGGACGAAGACGAGUCGUCGAAGGAGGAAUGGAAGCGGUCCUGGCGUCGCGCUCUGGCGGCAGAAGGCGGCGACGGUCGCUCACGCGUUCAAGGACUCAGGAAGACCUUCGAAGCGGUCGAGGAGCUGAGCGAACGCGGUUCUCCCGCCGCAAGUCCAGAGAAGAAGGGUUCUCUUACGCCACGAAGGAGGCGCGAGUACCCUCGCUCGCCGUACGUCUUCCCGCCUACGUCGCCAACCAAGCAUGGACGCAGCGAUUCGACCGCGUCGGAUCUUAGUGCGGCCAGUGUCGACUCGGUUGGCGGGACGUACGAUGGCUUUGCGGCGAGCUCGAGGAGGCCGCAUAUGAAGCAGCUUUCGCUUGCUUCGUCGUCGUCGAGUAGCAAGGCGUCGUCGCGGACUUCGUUGCGCCUCGAGGAUGCCUUCGGCUCAUUGCCCUCGAACGAGGCGCUCAUUCCGUCUCACUCGGCCUCGACUUCGUCCUUCUCUCCUACACUCGUGACCUCGCCUAUCGAUCUCGCCAAGCCUUCGCUCGACGUCUCGACAGCUCAAGGCUCUCUCCUCAUUCCCGCCAUUCGCGGCGACGAUACGAUCAAGACUGCCCGCGAUACUGCCAAUAGGCGCCGUGUCUCCUUCUACGACACCGACCCCCUCUCGUCCGCCACUCCAGCACAGCCGAACGAGGCGGAAGACAUCGAGGCUGACGAAGCGGAGGAGACGCUCCGUCCCGUCCGCGCGCAAAACACGAGUGCCGGCUCCGCCGCUGGCUUCGCAAGUCCGCCCAUGUCACCAACGAAAGGCUCUCUCGCGCUCGCCGAGCUGUUCGGGCUCGACGUCCCCGCCGGUCUUUCCGCGUCGGCGUCUGCGAAGGCUGCGGACGAAAAGAAGGACGAGGCCGACUUGAUGACGAUGUUUGUGUCGGAUAGGCAUGGCGAUGCGGGCGAUGAGAGCGAUGAGACGGCGUCGAGGGAGAGGAGGAAGAAAGGCAGUCUUGUGCUGAUCAAACGCUCGCAAUUCCACGCACUCCAGCAGCGGAUCGACGAAGUCGAAGCCCAGCUCGCCCUCGCUCUCUCCAACACGCCCUCGUCAGCCGGUCGCUCAAGGUCGCACUCUGUCCAUGGGCAGGAAGACGAAGACGCUGAGGAGUGGGCAUACAAGGGCGACAUGGUUGGCGAGGAGACGAUUGGAAGGCUCGAGGGGAAGCUCCAUGGACUCGAGUUACAAGCCCAGACGCUGAGCGACCCUUCCCUCCCUUCCUCGCCCUCUCCCUCCGCUCGCGCCUUUGCCUCAUCCGCCUCCAACUCGACUUCUCCCUCCGUCCAUACUCGCUCUCGCUCCUCGACCCACACGCGCACCCGCACAGCCUCGACGCAGACGAGUCCGUCGAUCUCGACUCGUCUCCGUCGUAGGAAGCCAUCCGAGGGAGCCGAAGUCUGGGACGUCGGUGCCGGUCCGCCCGCUGGCUGGCCUAACAUCGAGGGCUGGAGGCAGCUGAGCGGGUAUGUCGUCGCUGCGAGUAUCGGGAUUGGGAUCGUCGCCGGAGAAGUCGUCGCUGCGAAACUCUUUGGCUUGCGGCGCCGCUAG